AUGGACGAGCUCCAGGGACUUUUGACAAAGGCGGCUGAAGCUCUUUGUGCUGGCCACGCCAAGGAUGCGUAUUUCGGAUACCUCGAUAUCUUGGAUGCGGCUGCGACUGAGCUACGAAAGAUCAAGUUCAUUGCCAAUGUGGCGAUCACUUCUCCCUCCACAGCGUCGUUGCUGACCAUGGCCUGCAAGUCCGUCACCUCGGCACAGGAGAUCCUCGCCAAAAACGAUGCCACCAUCGCUGCUACUAUCCCGGAGCCAAAAAUGUCGAGCCCGUCCUUCAGGAAGGCGUCCCUUUCCAGACAUACAAUUCGACUCAACUCGGGCCAAGCAAGAUCAGUCACCAUGCUCACCAAACAACUCCAGGCAGCGGCAGCAGCGAUGAACGGCGGGACGACCACAAAUAUGUCUUCUUCCGCAUCUCUAGCAACAUCGUCGACCGCCACUGCAACCAGCACAGCACCCGUGACUUCAAUUGCAACGGCAGAGCCUCUCCACAGACAUAGGCUGCCAACCAUCCCCGAGCCCCUGGCUUCCUCCAUUCGCCAAGCUGGCGUGUCCUCGUUGAAGCCAGCUUCAACAGAGAGCCUCGACAUCCCAAGUGGAAGCCUUGACUUCCCAAUAAGGAGCCUCGACAAUGACAAUGACAAUGACAAUGACAACGACAACCACAAUCAUAAUGACGACGACGACGACGACGACAGCUUGCCCUUGGUCAGGCCCCCACUGCCUCCAAAACCAGCACACCUGAACAGAAAGAUUGCCGAGCUGAAGAAUACGGGAGAUCUUUAUCUGGACGAUGAUGACUCGGAUGAUGAUGGUAGCGAGUCCGAUGUGGUGCAAGGCAGUGACCCUAUGAAUCUGGUGGAGGCUGAACGAAUCAACAAGGAGGAUGAAGACCAGCUGGGCCAAAAGACCUAUGGACCCUCUGAUCACAUCCCCAUGAUCCCGCUUUCUCCAUUGAGAACUACCCACCGGUCUCUUGUCGAGAAGGAAAAGUCUUGGUCUGCUAUGCUCGCCGAGACCAAGCACAAGCUCCAGACGUUGACAGCACAUCUUCGAGACUACUCGCAGGACUCGACCCUGACGGAGGAGCAGCUACUGCUUCGGCAGGAAGAUGACGAGAUGACCCACGAGAUUCUUCAGGAGGACCUGCACAAAUGCAACAUGCAGAUCAGCAUUGUCAUGUCGACCGUUACCAAGGUUCGGGAGCUACUCUACCGAUCUGCCAGUACCGCAUCGAUCCUCGAGUUUCAGCCACACCUGAUCGCGUAUCAACUGACAUUGGUAGAGUCGGCGAUUUUCUUGGAGAUUCCAUCAUCGGCCUUCCUGACACAUUCCCCCAAAACACCUCACCGGAGUAUUACAGCAUCGACCGACUUUUUCAACUAUUUGACAAGGAUGAUUGAAUACUCGAUCCUGUUCCCGCCCGAUGCCUCUGGUCGUGCUCAGAGCAUGAAUCACUGGAUCAAGGUAGCUGUCAAGUUGCAUGAACUGGAGAACUUUCAGACCCUCAAGGCCGUCCUAUGCGCGCUCGGUACGCCGCCUAUCAAGCGCCUGAAGCGGACAUGGAGCUUUUUGCCCAGGAAGAGCGCCAACAAGUUGGAGACCCUGUCGGAACUGAUGAGCGAGGCCAGGAACUAUGGGCGAUACCGUGAGAUGAUGAACAGUCUAUGCGCCGGCACCAUUGUUUCGUCGUCGUCCACAAACGAUGUUACCUCUCCGGCAUUCUCAGAUUCAUCUUCGAUCUCCACAUCAUCGAUCUCAGGAAGCCGGUUUGAUAUCUUGGGCAGCUGGACCAGUUCGGACCUCAAGGCCAAAGAAGCAGCCAGGAGGCCCAUGGUGCCGUUCAUCGGAACGUUUAUUAUGGACAUGACCUAUCUCCUCGCGGCUGUGAAGAAGAGCAGCUUCCAGGGUCCAUCUCCUUCAGCCCAAGUCUCAGCGACAUCCAGUCUUCGCGAGACGUCUACUCCUGCCAACAACAAAAAUAGCCAUACGCCACAGUUCUGCCCAGAAGACGACCCUCGGAUCCAGGAUCUGUUGUUGACCCUCUCUGCUUAUCAGGCCGGACCCAAGUACUCCGCCCAGCCUCCAAAGGCCUACAUCAAGGCCUCGCUCAAGGGUCAAAAUCACUUCCGGGCACCCUCUCUGAGCUCUGCACUUCAGAUGACGACCAAGUACCGCAACUCGUCGAACAAUGACCGGGACCGGCAAUCGUUUGAUGAUGAGGAUGAGGAUUUAUCGGGAGGAGGCAGUGGUGGUCAGAACUCGUUCGGAGGCGGUGUCAGAUCGACUCAACAAUUGAUCCUGCACUACCUUCUCACAAGGCCCUGGGUUCCCGAGCGGAUGGUGGAUGAGCUGAGCACGAUCCGGGAGCCGUCCAAGGUCAACAAGAACCCCCCAUCGUCGCCAUCGUCGUCAACAACAUCGUCGACAACGUCAAGCGGGGUCAGUUCUGGUGGGUGGUCGAGUGCCAGCUCACUGUACAGUCAAUCUACAGCGACGUCGUCGUCCUUUUCCGGGAUGGACCUGCUGAAAUCGCGGGGUAGUUUUGAGGGCUCUCGGCCGACCAGUGUGGAAGAAGAAUGA